UCAUUUCCAGUGCUGGUCCUCGCUAUCCUCAUCCUCUGACUCACUCUCUUACAUCCUUCAAUCGGAUCGAGCAAGCUCUGCUCGGUCUUCGGAAGUUUCCUCCGGCGGACAUCACCGGAAUUAUCGGAGUCUCGCUUCGGUCGUUGGAAAUUCACUGAAAAAGAAAAAUGAGAGAAAUCCUUCACGUUCAGGGUGGACAGUGUGGAAACCAGAUUGGGUCCAAGUUCUGGGAAGUGGUUUGCGAUGAGCAUGGGAUUGACCCAACUGGUCGAUACACUGGAAGCUCAGAUCUGCAACUGGAGAGAGUCAAUGUGUAUUACAAUGAGGCCUCCUGUGGACGAUUCGUCCCUCGUGCUGUGCUCAUGGACCUCGAGCCUGGUACGAUGGACAGUGUGAGGACUGGUCCUUAUGGCCAGAUCUUUAGGCCUGAUAACUUCGUUUUUGGGCAGUCUGGUGCUGGAAACAACUGGGCUAAGGGCCAUUACACUGAGGGAGCUGAGCUCAUUGAUUCGGUUCUUGAUGUUGUCAGGAAGGAGGCUGAGAACUGUGAUUGUCUUCAAGGUUUUCAAGUGUGCCACUCACUUGGUGGAGGUACUGGUUCUGGAAUGGGUACCCUGUUGAUCUCGAAGAUCAGGGAGGAAUAUCCUGACAGAAUGAUGCUUACUUUCUCGGUGUUCCCAUCGCCAAAGGUUUCAGAUACAGUUGUUGAGCCUUACAAUGCCACCCUUUCUGUUCACCAGCUUGUUGAGAAUGCAGAUGAGUGCAUGGUGUUGGAUAAUGAAGCCUUAUACGAUAUCUGUUUCAGGACCCUUAAAUUGACUACUCCCAGCUUUGGUGAUCUGAAUCAUUUGAUUUCUGCAACCAUGAGUGGUGUGACAUGCUGCCUUAGGUUCCCUGGUCAGCUUAACUCUGAUCUGAGGAAACUUGCAGUGAACCUUAUCCCCUUCCCACGUCUUCACUUCUUUAUGGUUGGGUUUGCUCCUCUUACCUCACGUGGCUCUCAACAGUACCGAGCCCUGACUGUCCCAGAACUCACUCAGCAAAUGUGGGAUGCCAAGAACAUGAUGUGUGCUGCAGACCCACGUCAUGGUCGCUACCUCACAGCCUCAGCCAUGUUCAGGGGCAAAAUGAGCACCAAAGAAGUGGAUGAGCAGAUGAUCAAUGUGCAGAACAAGAACUCUUCUUACUUUGUUGAGUGGAUACCAAACAAUGUAAAAUCAAGUGUCUGUGACAUUCCUCCAAGGGGACUUUCUAUGGCAUCUACCUUUAUUGGGAACUCAACUUCAAUUCAGGAGAUGUUCAGGCGUGUGAGUGAGCAGUUCACAGCUAUGUUUAGGAGGAAGGCUUUCUUGCACUGGUACACUGGGGAGGGAAUGGAUGAAAUGGAGUUUACUGAGGCCGAAAGCAACAUGAAUGAUCUUGUUUCUGAGUACCAACAAUACCAGGAUGCAACAGCUGAUGAGGAGCUUGACUAUGAGGAUGAGGAGGAAGAUGUCCAUGACAUGUGAGAGGCUGUGGAGCACUCUAUAUGGUUUUAUGAUACAUAUAAUCUGUUUCCUACCAUGAUGUUAAGAAAAUCUGCAUUUGCUUUCUUUCAGUUGUCAAAAGAAUGCGUGCUUUGCCUAUUUUUCCUUGGUAGUUUUUCAAGUAGCUAAUAUACUAGUAGCUGGGAGAUGUGAAAAAAGUAUUGUAUGCCUGUACUGUUGCUGGCUUUGCCUUUCGUUGUGAUUAUCAAUUUCAUUAUCAUUUUCCGA